UUAGAGCUUAGGCCCGAUUUGUCCAACACAAGUUUAAUAUAUUAAUUGCGCAGUUAAGUUAAAUCGAGUCUUAAUAAGGGCCGGUUCCACAAACACGGUUUAUUGUUUAAACUCGGUUUAUCUCCGCUACGAGCCAAUCAGAAAUUUGUAUUUUGAAGAUAAAAGAAGUUUAAACGAUAAACCGUGUUUGUGGAACCGGCCCUAAAUCUGUUCGUUCUAGAGUAUUUAUGUGCCUGGAAUACUAUUCCUAAUUUGUACUAUAAAUUUAUACAUAUACUAAAAUUGUAGUAUUGAUGCUGGGUCUGCGGUUGGACAUUGUGUAAACUUUCUUUUAGAGCUAACCAAUAAUCUGUUAGAAAGGAUUCUUAAGAAAUAAUGGUACUCAACAUGAGUUCCUAUGAACGCGUUGUACCAUUGGUCGGAACGCUGCUCGAACGCACUUUGAAGAAUGUGAUAGAGCCUUUAUAAAUGCCAAAUGGUGCUGCUCACUUGACGUUUAACGACCGUAUGAAUCUGAUAUAAAGUUUAAUGCACGUGUUCGGUUGGAUUUAAGUUAACCUAAAGUAUUGAGCGAAUACGAGUUGAUGAUUAAAAUUUAAUUGUAGUUAAUUAAUUCUAAGAAAAUAAUUGUACAGUAUGGAUGGUAUUGGACUUUAUCAUCAAUUCCUACAAAUUCAUCAACCACAGCUUCACUCAUCAGGAGUUCCCAAAAUAUUUUGGGAGACAUUAUUUAAGAAAUUAAGUGGCCAGGUUUUUGAUUCUGGUCUUAUUUUUCAACUCGCACGAAUUGACUAUGAAGAUUCUGAAAGAAAUCCAACAGAUCCUAUAUGGACAUUGCUAGUCUCAGUAGAAAAUGGAAUUUCUGCUCAAGAUCCAAAUAAUAUUUAUUUGGUGGAUCAUGCUUGGACCUAUGAUGCGAAUAAUGCGAGGCAACAUUUGUCUCAAGUUCCAGGACUCUUAGAACGUAUGUGUAAUCUCAUGGGUUUUGACAGUGACAGGGCUGAAGAUGAGAAAAUGGAAUUUGUACUUUUCGAAAUGUGGAGAUAUAACCAGUCGUUCAGCUUAGGAAAUGCUGCAACAAUAGAGGAUCGAAUGCCAAUUUGGUAUAUCAUGGAUGAAUUGGGUUCGGCAAUAAAUCACAGUGAUGAACCAAACUUUAGAGCAAUACCUUUCUUCUAUAUACCAGAAGGAGUUACAUACACCCUUUUAUUUCUUAUAAAAGAUGUAAAAUACGAAGAAGAAGUUACCAGGGACUUUGUAGAAGGUCAAACAAAUGAUCCUGAGAAGAAAAGAGCUCUACUUUUACCAUGGAAAGACAGUUCUUUCAUCGACGAGAGUUUCGUUCGAACCGAACCAGAUGAAAGCUAUUUUUUAGCAGGUCAUAUCAAAGAAACCUUACCUGAGGCAAUAGACGUAGAAAGUUAUCGUCGUCCACCCGGAGUAAAACUGAAAGUAUUUUCACAGUAUGUAUUCGUUAAUGAAUAUCUUACAGAUUCUGAAUUUGAAAUUGUCAAUAACGCACAGGACGCGGAUAUUCUGUGGUUGACACGCCAUUUCAAAGAUUACAAUGAACUGAGUAUUAAUUCCCCUCAUGUUUUUAUAAACCAAUUUCCAUUUGAGAAUGUCUUGACAAUAAAAGAUUUGCUGUCCAUUAUAUGCAGAAGAAAAGCAAUGGACAGACAGUACGAUACAGAAACAUUAGAAACAUAUCCAUCUUGGGUGCCAACAACAUUUAAUUUAGUUACGGAGCUAGUAAAAUUUGUCUCUUAUUACCAACAAAGAGAAUCCAAAGGUUUGGAGAAUCAUUGGAUAUGUAAACCAUGGAAUCUAGCAAGAGGAUUAGACACCCAUGUUACUAAUAACUUAUUUUACAUAUUAAGAUUACCUAGCACAGGACCAAAGAUUGUUCAAAAAUAUAUAUCUAAUCCAGUCCUGUACACAAGAUCAGACAUAGGCAAAGUCAAAUUCGAUGUCAGAUACAUCGUGCUAUUAAAAUCCAUAAAACCAUUAAAAGUCUACGCUUACUCAAAUUUUUUUCUAAGAUUUGCAAACAAGGAAUUCGCGUUAAAUAACUUCGACGUUUACGAACAACAUUUUACAGUAAUGAAUUACGCGGAAGGUACUCCGCUCUGUCACAUAAAGUGUGUGGAUUUCAUUCAAGAAUGGGAAAAGCAAUAUCCCAAUUUCUCAUGGAAAGAAUCCACAGAACCAAAGAUUUUUGAAAUGUUAAGAGAUGUUUUCGAGGCCGCCAUUGCUGCGGAACCGCCAAAGGGAAUAGCGCAUAAUCCUCAAAGUAGAGCAGUUUACGCAGUUGACCUAAUGCUGGAAUGGAAGAACGAAGAAAUACAACCAGUUCUUUUGGAAGUGAAUUUUUCACCGGACUGCAAGAGAGCCUGCGAAUACUAUUCAAAUUUUUAUAACGACAUCUUCAAAUGCCUCUUCUUAAAUGUAGAGAAUCCGGAAGUUUUUCACGAAUUGCGCGCUAAAUCAUAAAAAAAGCCACGAAGCACAGACCGGUAAUUAUCAAUAAUGAUUCGCACGUAACAAAAGGAUUGUAGUUUAAUGCAGCGACCGAAAUGGUUCAUUUCACGAGAUGGAAUCAUUAUAAGAAGAAAUUGUUAUGGAUGCAACCAAAUGGCAUAUUUCGCUCGUUACGAACAGUGGCAACAAUGAAGUUUGAGUAAAUCUGCGCAUAUAUGGUCAUUAAAGCUACAUUCCCCCGCUGAAUAAUUCACGUCGUACAUAACUUGACACUGUUCUACGGAGUGGUGAGACUAAAGUACUUAAUGGAAUAAUAAACGAGGAAGCAAUUAGAGUGGAUCCAUGAUACUCUAUUUUGGUCACCGGUUAUAUUGCACGUAGUGUUCACCUGCGGUGCUGGCUGCAUACAUAAAUGUGCACAUCCGAAUAGCUUACAUUGAGAGCGAUUCAUAACGGUACAAGUGCGCAAUUUUUUUUCUUCUGACCCCGCCACUCUCACGACAGUUAUUUCGCUUUCAAGAGAUGAGCCGCCAGUCAUUUAAAAUCUUCAUUCAUCGCUAAGCACAAGCUGAAUUUAAAGUCAGCUAUAUCGAUCGGGCUUACAGAGGUGAGACUCUUUAUUUAAAGUUUAAUAAAUAUAUUUAAUCCUCAUUUGACGAUCUUCCAUUGGAAAAUUCGUAAUAAUACAUAUCUCGAUCGAUAACGCUAGAAGUCCAUUUAUUUCGGGUCUCUCGUUAGCUUCAACCGUCCUCCAUUGUUUUACCGCGCUGUCGGAAAUGUUGUACAACGCGGCUGCUCACGUAUAAAUAAUAACCCGCGAUUAUUUCUUUAUUUCCACUGGCGGCGUUACUGGUGAAAACUGCGUUUCAGCGACAAUCGUUCGCAAUACCCGUUGGGCCGCCGGCUGGCCACAUUUUGUUAAUUAUUCCUGGACCUGUAUAACAAUGCAUUUUGAUGGAACCGCUCUUGAAUAAAAAUAAAA